CGUGCCCAAGGCUUAAAUACACCCUCAACCCCAACGCAUUUUCUUCGUCUACACUAAAUUACAAGAAAAUAGGUAAAAAAUUCAGUUAGCUUCAAAACCAUAUUUUUGGCAGACAGUAGAGUGUCAACAACAGUAUAUAGCAACACUCUAUAGAGACCAAACGACCAAACAACAGUAAAAUACACAGCAAAUUGCAAAAACAAAAUCAAACAAAUAAGACUGGCAGUAUUUUAUAUCAAUGACAAAAUACAACUGAAACAACAUGGUCUCAAAAUGACCACAAAGGAGCAACCGAAAAAGAAUGCUGAAAACAAAAUUGAAUUCAAUGUAAAAAUUACGAAAGAAACUGUAAAUUCCAUUGGAUUGGAGUGGAGCUGCAUCGAGGGUGCUGAUGUGUACCGCAUUGAAAAGCACCACAAGACAAAAGGAUGGACCAAAGUUGAUUGGACCAGCCACUGUUCCACAACCAUAGACAAUUUGGAAGAGAAUUUUGGCUAUCGUUUGAGAGUGAAAGGACUGUGGCUUCCAUUGAAUGCCACCGAAUACGAGUUAUUACGAACUUCCAAUGAAAUUGUGGGCUAUACACUAUCCACCGAACCCACAACCAUAUGUCUUUUUCGAGCAAUUAAAAAAGACCAUCACUUUUUGGUUAAACGGAUUUUACGUCGCCGUCCCUCUCUAAUUGAAUAUCCCGGCCCCAACGGUUAUUUGCCUCUGGCAAAUGCUAUUGCAUUCGGUGACAUGUGUGUUGUUGAUUCUCUACUCUCGGCCGGAGCUAGUGUUCAUGUCGGAAAUCCAAAUAAUAACCGGACACCAUUACACCAAGCAUUCUACUAUGGCCGAGUGGCGGUAGCACGUAUGUUGUUAAACAAAAAAGCCGAUAUGGAAGCCAAGGAUAUGUACGGCUUAACUCCGUGCCAUUUGGCAGUCGAUGCAAAUCAAGGUGAGAUUUUGAAAUUUGCACUUGAGAACGGUGCCAAUGCGGAGUCCAAGGAUGCCUGUGGCUGGACGCUGUUAAUGCGAGCUGUUGUAAUGGAUUCUGAUUUUACCAUUCUAAAGUUGAUCAUGCAAUUUGGAGCCGAUUUGGAAAACCGAGAUAUGCGUAACUUAACUUGCAUGGAUUUGGCUCGUUUGUAUAAUAACAAAAAAGCUGAGGAUUACUUUAUCAAGCAAUUAAGGUUGCAAGAUAUAAAAAGACACAAAGAAGAAAAAGGCGCGGAUUAAAUAAGUAAAAUACAAAUAACUGUAUAUCAAAAGUACAGCAUGCUAUAGUCGGCACGCAAUGCAUGCUUAGUGGACCUACUCUUAGCAAAUAAACGUUUAUAUUGACCCAUAGUUCCUUUUGAUGAUAUUCAUAAAAUUAUAUUCUGAGUUUGAGGUAACUUUGUAGACCUAAAAUUCGACGUAGCGUGCACAAAUUUAACUUCUCCACUACAGUAAAAUGUUUUGUACGUCCGUACUACCCAAAUAC